CCAUCUCUCAUAGCUUCUGAUGGGACAUGGUUUCACGCAACCGGCUGGGCAGUACCAGCCUGUCUCCUUGUUAGAGUGCAGCCAUUCAAAUCCGCGCAGGCGUUGUUGUUGCGACUUCAGACCUGGGCACAAAGGUUGGUCAACUUUGGGGCAUCUUGUCCAGACGCCAAGAAAACACAGCCUGUCAGAGGUCCGUUGAGUAGUAGGUACACGCAUCCCUACACACCAUCAUUGUCCGUUUCCCUCGCAUGUCCCUAAAGCCGAUCACGGACAGGACGUGAGUAUGCCGUACCGAAUCGAUAGCAACCCCUUUCUGAAUCAGCAUGAAGUACCUGCGUAAAACCCCACAUAAAAAGCCUACGCGCGAAGGAUUGAUCACAAUCUCAGAAAUGUCUUCACCGCUGACUCUACCAACCUGGACCCCUGCGCAAGCAGCAGCUCUCCAUGGCAUUCGCACCGCAAUGGGUGCUUUCGGGCCUACGUUCGGGCAGGCCCAAUCGCUUGCUGAGCGCGCACAUGUGCCCAGCGAAGGAAUUCCUGAAGGAGUUCACAUCUCUUGCGAAUUAGCUCCGCCUUCCUCUCAGAUCCCUGCAUCCAUUCACUCAACCUCGAUCCAACCGGGACAGGUUCCCGUCUUCUUCUAUGCAGAUGCACCUUCCGAGUCCUUUACUGAUGCGAAGAACGACAUCAAAGUCGUAUUUCAUGUGCAUGGAGGUGGUAACGUCUCCGGACAUCCAAUGGAACAGAGGUUUAUAGCGUUCUUUUCUCGCAUACUUCGUGCACUCGGGAAGAAAUCUGGCCCACAAGGAUCCAGUUCACCCAUGAUCGCAGCUCCUUCGUACAGACUUGCAACGGUCGCUGAGAACCUAUUUCCAGCGGGGUUACAAGAUGUAUUCUCCGCAUACCAUCACCUGAUCUUGAAAGGUUUUGACGCCGAGAACAUCACUAUCACAGGCGAUAGUGCAGGUGGAAAUUUGGCUCUUGUCCUCACCUACAUCAUCUCGCAAUCCAAUCUCCCAAUGCCGGGGCACGUCGCACUCUUCUCCCCAGACGCAGACCUCACUUACACCACCUCCACCUCCGUACCACAUGACAUCAUACCUCUAUUAACCUACCAAGCAUGUUCAUCUCAAUACCUCGGCAAUUUCCCCGCCAACGACCCUCUGGCAUCAGGCAUCCUAAUUCCAUUCACUGCAAGCUGGCCGAAGACAUUAGUGAUGACUGGCACGGCUGAUAAUGUUGCUGAGAGCUCGCGGAGAAUCGUGAAUGGUAUCAAAAAGGCGGGUGGGAUAGCGGAGCUUGUGGAGUAUGCUGAUUUGACGCAUGCGUGGUGGAUGUUUUCCCAUAUUUUUUUACAGUCAGACGAUGGAUUAGAUAGGCUUGCAGUUUUUGUGUACAAUUAAGGUUUGAAUGGAUUGCAGAUGAGUAUGUAACGCAACUCAAUGCCAAUUGCGGCUUCUGCUGCAAGGUGUCAUGGCCGUGCAAGGUGCAGGGCACUUUCGCAUGUCUACCGUUGUGCAUAGCACCAAUCACUGCAGAAACGACUUUUUAGCAAGAGCUGUAAAGUAGACUAAAACCUGACUUGCGAACUUUCCGAGACUCCGAGGUGUGAGUGAAAAAUAAAUCUGAAUCUAACCAGACGUCUGUUACAUUCAACAUCCAUAAACAAACCAUAUUCGGGUCGGGAGCGGCGCUUGUUCCAGACCGCGAUUUCCUUCUCUUUAUACC